CUGAUAGAUUCUUGAUUAGGUUUUAUCUAAUCUAUCUACUACACUUCGUCAGUAUAAGUCGGUAAUCGAAUUAGUUCAUAGUACAAACUGAAUAUGUCGAAGGUAAUAGAAAGUGUUUGUGAAGAAUGGGAAGAGCUACAAGAAGAUUACAAGCAAUUAGAAAUAAACAAUGCAGCGUACUUGAAAAAAGUGGAGGAAUUGACCACACUGCAAGAUAUUUGCCGAAAACACAUCGCACAUCAAAAAUAUAGACUGAAUAUUAUGCAAAAAAAUUUAAAGGGAAUAUCAGAAGAUAAAAACACGAAACAAAUGAAAGAAAAUAUUAUGAAAAGAGAAGUAGAGUUACAAUAUAUGGAACAAAGUUUACCUAAGAAAAGUGACAGAUAUAUGUUGAAAUUAAUUUUGGGUGAUAUUGACGUAUCAUUUUUCACCAAAGAAAAUAAAUUUCGUUAUAAGGAAGACUACGAGACAUUCAAACUUAUUUCACAUUUUGUAGCAUUCACGUUUUCACUCAUUUUAUACUUCUAUGAAUUCAGACCAUUGGAGAAGUUUUUCAUGGGAUUCCUGGUUUGGUAUUAUUGUACAAUAUCAAUAAGAGAAAGUAUCUUAAAAGUUAAUGGAUCUAGAAUAAAAGGAUGGUGGAGAAUUCAUCAUUUAUUAUCUAUUGUCAGUAGCGGUUUGCUCUUAGUUUGGCCCUACAACGAACCAUGGAAACUAUUCAGAAAACAUUUUAUCAAUUAUACUAUAUACAGUGCGUUUAUACAGUAUCUACAGUUUAAAUAUCAAAAAGGAACUUUAUACAGAUUAAAGGCUUUAGGAGAAAUGCAGAAUAUGGAUAUAACAGCGGAAGGAUUCCACUCGUGGAUGUGGAGAGGAUUAACUUUUUUAUUACCAUUCCUCUUCAUCGGAUAUAUCUUUCAAUUGAGUAAUGCUAUAAUUUUGUUCAAUUUAAGUUACCUACCAGAAGCAUCUUGGGAAGUUACCUGUCUCAGUUUGAUAUUCUUAACCUUCUUCUUGGGGAACAGCUACACUACACUUGGAGUAAUUCCUAUGAAGACUAAGAAGAAUAUGUUGAUAAGAUACAAAAUUUUAAGGUCAAAAGUCUACGAUGCCAUUAGUGAAACUGUUAUGGGUAGUCAUAGAGAUGAUGAAGCUAUUGUAAAAGAGUCGUCCAAAGAUUCAUAAUAAUAUUUGAUUAUCAUUUUUCACAAGUGAUAUGUUUUGAAAAAUGUUAAUAUAAUGGUAUAAAAGUGUAUUUAUAUAGACAAUCUAAUUUAUUUAUAAAUUUUUCAAAUAUAAGUCAGUAUUCAAACA